AUGAUUCCUGGUCCACACUGUGCAGCACGGCCUUAUCAGGUUUACCUGAUCAGCGGCAUUGCGAGGACAGCGACUCAGCACCUACUCUGCGCCCCUUAUGGCUCGCCUCAACCACAACUAUCGGCACCUGCCGAUGUCACCUACCUCUUCAGCCAGAGUACAGGGGAAUCUGCUCCCUUCUCCCUUAAGGACAUCAUGCUGGAUGGUCCUGAUCCUGAUGAGGAGGUGGUUCAACCUGGGCAACCGGAACCAGACGAGGCCUAUGAGAGUGACCCAGAGAACUCGGCUGAGAUCCUGGUUUCUGCUUCGCCUCACAUCAUGCUAACCAGUGCAGAGACGGCGACGGUUCAACCUCGAGCCUUUGAAGAUGUCUGUGGUCCCAGCCCCCUUCCUGGGUAUCAGCAGCUGGAGAAGUUCUGUUCGGUGCUGAUCGACGUCGGUCUGACUGACGAAAAGCUGUCGCUCAGCACCCAGCAGAGAAACAGCAUCCUGGAGGCGUGGAACAAAGUGGAGGAGCAUGAUAAGCAGCCCCAGAAGUUCAGCCAGCUGUACAGGACUCACUGGGGGAAUACGCUGUACUGCAGGACAAAGCGGGACGACCUUGUGGACGCUGCUGUGAUCCAGAAGGUGAAGAUGUCCAAGAGAUAUGCGCCAGCACAGCAAAACAUCAGUGCACAGAACAACAGACUGAUGUAUGUUCUUGUGAAGCUACUGUGGCUGAAUGCCCCUCAGGGAUCACGCAGCACCAGUCCAGAGAAAAAAAACAUCUUGAAGGCAUAUGAGAGGAUCCAGCACCGCGUUUUGGUGGAGGACCCGAUCCUGAGCAGAGCUGGGAUCCCUCUGCCAAAGAUAAUACAUACAGCGGCAGGAGCGGAUCCUCAACACAAAUUCCACCCCGCAGCCCUCCUCCAUCAUCAAUAAACUGCAGUCCAUUUCCUCAGCAGACCUUCCUCCAGCACCUCAUCAGCCUGCUGUCCUCCCUACACCAGCCUACCCAUAGAUUAUGUAUGAGCCCACACCCAGCACAGCAGGAACUAAAGUUCUAAAAGGCAGGACAAGUUAAAUUAUGCCCACCAACCCCCCUUCACAGCAGACUCCACAUAUUGAUAAACCUGUCACCUCAACCAGCUCCACACCUUUACCUGGGCCUUCUCCAUCUUCCUCCUGCUCCUCUGUAGCCUCCUCCUCCACAGCCUCUGACAUGGCAGGCCCCUCCACGCACCACACUACCGCUGCCCAGCAGGUGAUCCCUGAUGUCUCUUCAGCUGGCACAGCUAAAGAGCCAAACUGGUCAAGAGCCACACUGUACAAGCGGAAGUUGAAGGAAGAUCUCAAAUCAAUCGGAUUGAAGAUGCACAAA